AAAUGACGGUGGCAUGGACUCUUAAGACAGAUGAGAAUUUCACCUAACACAACCCAAAUGUGUACUACAACUUCAGUGCAUUACCCCACUACUUUCUUUCCUAACAUUUUUGAAUUUCAACACUUCAUCAUCUUCAUCUAUUAAUUUAAACCUUCUCUUGAGGUUUCUUUCAUAGUGCACCAACUUUUUUUUUUCUUGUGAAAUCCAUGGCCAAGACUAGGUGGUUGUGCCAUCUUCUGCUGAGGUUCUUGGCUUUUGCAGCAACACUUUCUGCAGUCAUUAUGAUGGCUACCAGCCAUGACAGAGCUACCAUCUUCACAGUGUCCUUUGAAGCUAAAUACACCAAUUCCCCUGCCUUCAAGUACUUUGUGAUUGCAUACUCUGUUAUCACUGUCUAUGGAUUUUUUGUCCUCUUUCUUCCUGCAAAAAGCUUGCUCUGGCAACUUGUGGUAGCCUUGGAUUUGGUGUUCACCAUGUUACUUGUCUCAAGCCUCUCUGCAGCUAUUGCUAUAGCUCAAGUGGGAAAGAAAGGAAACAGUUAUGCAGGUUGGCUACCAAUAUGUGAUUCGGUUCCGAAAUACUGUGAUGAAGCAACAAGAGCGUUAAUAGCUGGUUUCAUUGCAAUGAUUAUAUACAUAAUUCUUCUUUUGCAUUCCAUUCAUACCAUCAUAGACCCUCUCCUCUUGAGAAAAAGUUGAACACUUUUUCAGGGUUAGCAUGUUAGAGUAGAAUUUGUGGUCAUUUGUUGUUCAACCAACAUUUUGAUUCUGCUUCUCAUCACUUUCACUUUUUUUUUUUCUUUCCUUCCCUUCUUUCUUGUAAUAAUUCCUUUAGAUGAAAUCUGUUUUUCAAUUUUCAUUAGUGAGAUUUUGGUUGGGUUCUAA